CUUUCGGUUUUUCUCUGGCGCCACGGGAACUGUGCAACUUUUCUCUUUAGGUUAAACUAGUUCGUUUAAACAAGCUAAAUUUUACGAUUGCGUGUUAGAUGCGAUAUAUUAAGCGUUACAAAGUACCUGGCUGAUCGGCAUUUCAUUUUAAUUCGCGGAUCAAGGUCUGUUAUCAGAAACGAUGAGCAGCUUUGAGGCCCAGUUUGUGGAUGGCCACUUCGCUGUGCUUGUUCAGAGGGUUACCUCAGUGAUGGCAAUAGCAGAUGAACUAAAAAAUAAGAAAAUGAUACAUAAUGAAAAAUAUUCAGAGAUUGGAAAAGAACAAACCGACCAGGGCAAAAUGAGAAAGCUCUUUGAAGCACUAAAUGCUGGAGGAGACAGAGUGAAAAAUGACUUUUAUUAUGCUCUGAGAAAUCAUGAACCAUACCUCUUCAGAGAACUGGCAGGUGGUGAAGCGAUGGAUUACAUCGAUGGCCACCAGAACAACCAGCUACAGUUAAACUGA